UGCUGACCGUCCCGCCCGCCCGCGGCCCGCGCGCCCGCCUGCUCCGGUUCGCGCGUGGAUCCUUGUCCCCGGGCGGCUCCCGCCCUCUGGCUGGCCCACUUGUCUGAACCCAGCGAAGUGGCUGAGGGAAGUCAUGGUAUUCGCUCCAGGUGAGAAGCCUGGGACUGAGCCAGAGGAGGUGAAGCUUCAGCAUGCCAGCAAGCAGAUUGUACAGAACGCCAUCCUGCGAGCCAUGCAGCAAGUCUCCCAGGAGAGCCUGCGGAGGGAAGGCAGACCCGGUGACAGCCGGGCCAGGGGCCAGCUGGGAGGGUGCGAGCUGAUCAAGAAGCACGAGAAGAAGUAA